GCCCCUUCCACUGCAGCAGAUGAUGUGCAGUUGCCGGAGCCGCGGCAAGAAGUGCAGCUAGAAGCAUCGCCAGAAACGGCUCCUGCGGACUAUGCUGCGGAUGGAGGGACUCUACUUUCAGAAGAUCCUGAAGGAGAGAGACAUCCUGAAGAACCCGAAGAGGCAAAGAUUACAAUGGCAGAAAGAUCACCCCAAGCAGCCUCAGCUGAGGGCGCAGAUGCCGCAGAGGCAACAGAGGCAGCAGACAAACCUGAAACCCUCAAGGCUCCCGCAGAUCCCUGUGCUGUGCAAGCGCAGCUUGGGGCUGCGGAACCGACGCUGCCAGAGGCACCUGUAGGCAUUGGAGGAGCUUUGCAGGCUCAGACGGAUGAAGGCGCAAACUCAACGGCCGAAGACAAGAAUCUACAGCUGACAGCCAAUGCAACAGAAGGUAAAGAAAGCCUGCAGCUGAAGGACCACCUUUUGAAGCCACAGUUGAAACCACGCUUGAAGCCACGGCUGAAGCCACGGCUAAAGCCACGGCUGAAGCCAUGGCUGAGUCCCUUGCUGAAGCUUCCGCAGCAGCUGCUCUUGCACAGGAUAUCGUAG